AUGGUCGGCAGUGCAUCUGCUACUCGAAAGGGUCUGGUUAUAUUGGCCGGGCUGCUGCCGCGCACCCACUGCCGGCCGCUGUCCCACCGCCGGCUGACACGGGGACUUUUGGCUGCUGGGUCUCCCCCCUGGCCCGAUCCGCCCCUCCUCAGUGAGCCUGCGCCCCCCGGACUCCCCCGGGCGUGCAUGCUAAUGCCGGCCUCAGCGCGGACGUCCAGUCAACGAGGGCCACGCGGCACCGGGGCUCCCGACCUCGAAUCGUCACCACUCCCGACCUCCAAG